AUGCGUGCAUUGUGCUCCAAUAUCACAUCAGAGCUCAAAAAUAAUUGUACCUAUGUUGCCAGUGUUAGGGGCUCGAAUUGCACUUGGUCGCUGGACUCUGGUCUCACUACCUGGUAUAUCACGAAUAAACAUGAGUUGGGCUCUAAGAGGCCCAUGAUUGUGGAAGCAAUCAGCAAAAAGCUAGCAAUUGUUUAUAUAAACAGCAGCUUUUCCGUCAUACAGUAUAUCAUGGCAUCGAAUUUGAACAAUACUGGUGGAGGACUUUCGGUGAAUGUUGGAAAUGAUACCCAAUUCGUGGCGACAGAAUGUUCCUUGCAGCCGGUUGUGCGAAGCUUCCAAGCAUCUGUCGAUGUGAAUGCCUCUGAUACCAAUUACCAUAUUGCGCUAUACCCUGCCUGGGAUAAGAGCCUUGGAAUGAAAAAGGGUCAGGCAUGGAAAGCUCUGGGCGUUUUCUUGGAAACUAUGUUUGGAGGAUACUUGAGUACCGCAUCUGAUACCUUUUUCUUCGAAUCUUCCGAUGCAUCAGGAUUUGGAAUAUACGCUACGGUAGACACGUUGGAAUCCAUAGUCUUUGGAAAUUCCUCAUUUUGUGUGUCGGAUGACAGAUUAACCUGCAGCAUGAGAAACUUGGCCGCUGGCAUGUCAAAAGCCAUCAGAGACAACGCCUUCAGCGCCUAUACUAGCGAUUCUGCCAGUUCUUUUGCAGACAUUGUUGUGCAGAAUAUCACCACCGGAAAGUGGCUUACCCUCCCUGUACUUGUCUGGUUUCUGGGAUCUUUAUCCUGCUUGGGUAGUGCGUGGAGCACCUAUCGAGCCUGGAUGAAAACAUGGAUGAACAGUGUCACACCUCUUGUGCUCUCCUAUCAACGCCAAGGUGACAAUAACAGGAGCGGAGACAGUGCUGAUCAUGAAGCUGGAGGAGAUGAGAUGUUGUUGUUCCAUAAUCAUUCUAUGAAAUAA